AUGGCCGCCCCCGCUCUCUCCAGUCGGGCCGGCUCGGUGGGAAGCCUCGGGAACAGCCCCACCAUGGCUGCCGCCGCCGGCAGGGUGCCCCACGGUGGCGGCGGGCCCGAGUUGGACUUCAGGUCGGCGGCCCGCAUGGAGGACCUGAACCGCCUCAUCCAGGAGUUCAGCAAGCACGACCAACGCGAGUACGAUGACCAGCGGGCCCUGGAGAUCCACACGGCCAAGGAUUUCAUCUUCUCCAUGCUGGGAAUGGUUCAGAAGUUGGACCAGAAGCUGCCAGUGGCCAACGAGUACCUUCUCCUGUCGGGCGGCGUACGCGAAGGCGUGGUGGACAUGGACCCAGACGAGCUGAGCGUGUACGCUCGCGGAGCGGACUACGACAUGGACUUCACGCUGCUGGUGCCGGCGCUAAAGCUGCACGACCGCAACCAGCCAGUCACGUUGGACAUGAGGCACUCAGCGCUAGGACACUCCUGGCUCAGCCUGCGUCUCUUCGAUGAGGGCACAAUCAGCAAGUGGAAAGAUUGCUGUACGGUGGUGGAGCACAUCAGCGGAGCUGCAAACUACUUCUUUUCGCCGACGCUGGUGGCCGACUGGUUCUACCAGGCGGUGUCGCUGGUGCUGCUGGAGGUGCAGAAGAAGCCCCAAAGGGGUGUUCCUCGCGUGGAGAAGGUGGAGCGCAACGGCACAGUAGUGUCAGUCAUUCUGGGUGUGGGCAGCAGCCGCAUGCUCUACGACGUAGUGCCUGUCGUAUCCUUCAAGGGCUGGCCUGCCGUGGCGCAGAGCUGGUUGAUGGAGAAUCACUUCUGGGACGGCAAAAUCACCGAGGAGGAGGUAAUCAGCGGUUUCUACCUGGUCCCCGCCUGCUCGCACAAGGGCAGACGGGAGAACGAGUGGCGGCUGUCGUUCGCCCGCAGCGAGGUGCAGUUAAAGAAGUGCAUCUCGCCCGGCCUCAUGCAGGCCUACCAGGCGUGCAAGGCUAUCAUCGUCAAGCUGCUGUCGCGCCCCAAGGCGGUCAGUCCUUACCACCUGCGCAGCGUCAUGCUGUGGGCAUGCGACCGCUUGCCCGCCAACUACCUGGCGCAGGACGACUUCUCCGCCCAUUUCCUUCUAGGCCUCAUCGACGACCUACAGCACUGCCUGGUCAACAAAACCUGCCCCAACUACUUCAUCCCGCAGUGCAACAUGUUGGAGAAUCUGUCGGAUGACGCCGCCGUGCUCCACGCCCGCAAGCUGUCUUCGGUGCGCUCCGACCCGGCCGAGCACCUGCGCACCACCAUCGAGCACGCCAAGGCCGCCAACAGGCUGACGGUGGAGUUGCAGUGGCGCGGCAGCACCGGCAAUCUGCCGUCGCCGCAGUCGGACGCCGGUGGGGAAAACCAGCCGGACGACCGUCUGGCCAAGAAGCUCCAGCAGCUGGUCACCGAGAAUCCCGGGAAGUCUAUUUCAGUCUUCAUAAACCCGGACGACGUCACCCGGCCGCACUUCCGCAUCGACGAUAAGUUCUUCUAA